UCGAGAACCGCUAACCUCAUGAAUGUACAGUAGAAUGAAAGUGGAAGUCGUGUCUCUUUAAGAGAUUUGUGAAAAUCUCGCGAGAAUAGUCGCGAGUGGGCGUAAGAAUUUCCUGUGUGUUAUCGUUACCCGCUUUUUCAUUUCUACUUUUUGGAUGUAGUUAGUUGGCUGUGUAUAAAAAAGACUACGAAUCGCUCAAGCCAGAGUGUGAGCAGCACAUGAGCUAAAACGCCUGCUGAAUCACUCUUCGGAAGAAACUCGAGUGAGAGGAGACUGCCAUGGCUCACAGACUGUUUGAGGAGAAACACCAUGCGUCAAUUUACCAAAAGUAUCGCAUAAUUCCACCUGAUAGGGUUCUGGAGCUUAUUCUGGAGUACCUGAACAAAAAGAAAGGAGCUUCUCAUGAGCUUGCUGUGGACCUGGGCUGUGGGACGGGACAGAACACUCGUCUGCUCGCCCCUCACUUCCAGAAAGUGGUGGGCAUUGAUGUCAGCGAGUGCCAGGUGGAGGAAGCCCGGGCAGUGCCAGGGUUUGCCAAUGUCACCUACAGGUCAGGUCCAGCUGAAGAGCUGCCAUUUCCUGAUGGCUCUGUGGAUUUACUGACUGCAGCAUCUGCAGCGCACUGGUUUGAUACUGAGCGUUUCCUGAAGGAGGCAGCACGUGUGUUGAAGCCCCAUGGCUGUAUGGCUCUUCUGGGCUACACUGACGAGUUCAGCCUGUAUUAUGGCUCCUGUGGUGACAAACUGAACAACAUCUGUGCAGAGGUGAAAAAGGUUAUCAAACCGUAUGCUAGUCCUCGGGUGGUGAUAGCCAACAGUAGACUACAGGCUUUAUUUGAAGCUAUACCUUUCCCUGACAAAGAGAGGAUUGAAAGAAUUCCUGUGAAGAUGGAGAUGACGGUUGCAGGCGCAGUUGGCUUUGUGGAGUCUUUCUCUUAUUGUCAGACCUACUUUAAGAAAGAUCCCCAAGCUGCAGCUGCUCUUUUAGAGUCAAUGAUGAAACGGCUUCUAGAGGAAAUGGGCGUCUCAUCACCUGACACUAAGUUAGAGUUCACGACGGACUUCUAUUGUGUGCUGGCGUGCAAACCAGAGUGAAGAGAACCACUCUGAAUUGAGGGAGGACUAACAUGAUGGUCGCAGAAUAUUUUUCAUGGCCAUUUACCAUAACAUUUGUGCACUAUUAAAUAAACCUGUUAUUAGUAGAAAUCUUCCUUAUGUACCACAUAUUUGCACACAAAAUGUUAAAACAGUAAAUUAUGUCCAGAAGUAUAGUCAAACUAUAAAAGCUAAUAAAACCUUAAUUUUA